UAAAAGCCCACUUCUAUUUAUGGACUAAAAAUCCCCGUUUUAUUUCCGAACGUAAAGUGUAUUUAACUAGUGUGUAUUUGUGCAUCUGCAUUAUAUACACAAUAUGCAAAGGUUGGCAACGUUUGCAAACUAUAAAAACGAUAAAAAUGUAUUUCUUUGCAAGCUGUCUAAAGCUGGAUUUCAUUAUGAAGGAUAUGACAAUGCUUUGGAGUGCGAGAGCUGCAAAUUCCAAUCUAACAGCUGGGCGGACUUAUCGGACCUGUUCCGUCAACACGAAGUGCAUUCUCCGGGAUGUCAGUUUGUAAAAGAAUGCAACAAAUGUGACAACAAACAAGAACGUUUACAAGCUACGAAUGUUUCGCAAAGCGCAAGCGAAGAUGCAUUUCAAAGGAGAGACAGGGUUCCAAGGGCACAUAAUUCUGAUUGUGAAACCGUGACACAGAAACCUCAAACGGACUCGAGCAAUGGAAAUACCACUCCAGCAAAUCAGAUGUUUCAGAGUUUGGGAAUACAUUUUGAUCGUCCUAAGUAUCCGUCCUAUGCGGUGUUGUCAAGCAGAAUAAACAGUUUCUCUACUGCAGGCCAUGUUUUUUACAAACCACCUUCUGAUAUGGCACAGGCGGGAUUCUUUUUUAAGGGUUAUUCUGAUCACGUCAGUUGCUUCAGCUGUGGAGGGGGUUUAUCACAAUGGCGACCGGAAGAUGAUCCCUGGAUUGAGCAUGCGUACUGGUUUCCGCAAUGUACAUUUCUAAACCAAAACAAAGGGAAGGAGUUUGUUAAUCAAGUACAACUUGUAAAGGAGGCGGAUGAAAACGAGGGACAGACAGUUAUAACUAACGUUCCCCAUGAGACUAGUGGAUUGCGCAGUGGUAGAGACGAAAUAGACGCUGUUGUAUUGUGUAACGUCCUUGAGAUGGGCUAUACUGAAGACCAGAUAAAAGAGGCCUUUUCACUAUGGAAAUCUCGGGAAAAUCAUGGAGAUGUAAAACAUACGGAUCUUGUUGAAAUCCUUCUUCAACAGGAGGAUAGAAUAUUGUUAACCUGUAACACGGCACCAGAAAACCAUGGAUCGAAAUCGGUUAUUGGAGACCAGCCUUGUUCUUACGAACCACUUAGUAACGAGAUCGACACUAUGAAACUUACUGAUUUCCAAACUGUACAACAAGAAUACAAAGAGUUGCAAGAAAUGACUAUCUGCAAAGUCUGUAUGGAAGAAAGAGUUAGCAUUGUAUUUCUCCCAUGUGGCCACAUUGUCACGUGUACCGAGUGCGCACCAGCUAUGCGCAAAUGUCCGAUGUGUCGGGAAAUGGUAAAGGGAACUGUGAAAACUUUUUUGUCGUAGAGAACUUAUCCUUAAAGCGGUAAAGUGAGCAUUGAUAAAUGAAAGGCAAGGGCUUUUUCUUGUUACAAUUAGAUAUUUCAAUGCUUUUCGAAAAACACACUUAUACAUGUACAAUAUACAUUGUAUAUUAAAAUGUAUAUCAUAUGUCAAAUAAAUCAUCAAUAUCAUAA